UUACCUCUUUUCUCUCUCUCUCUCUCUCUCUCUCUCUCUCUUUCUUCUCUCACGUCAUCACUCUCUGUGACUCUCUCUUCACUCUUCACUCUUCUUCACUUACACCUCCUCCCCUACUCACCAAUUUUUCAAACACCUACUUUAAUUUCAUUUUCCUCCUCCUUCGUUGUCUUUUUCUCUUUCCCUCUCUCCUCCCUUUCUCUCUUUCUUCCCCUCUUUCAUUUUCUCCUCCAAAACCCUAGAUUUGAAAUCUAGGGUUUUUCUUACCCACCCAAAAUAAGGCACGUUUGAUCUCUCUGCUCUACUCUUCUUCUUCUUCUUCUUCUUCUUCUUCACAUCAAUUUCUCUCAUGGGUUUGUUACAAGGCUAAAAAUUUUGUACCUUUAAGAACUUGUUUCUACUCCCUCCCCAGUUUUCUUCAUUUUCUCUUAAUAUUUUUUUUUUCUCUCCUUGGCUGCCUUGUUUGAUUCCCUUCACGUGUAACAAAGCCCCUGUAAAACCCUUCUUCUCAAACAUCACUCUUCUUCUAUCUUCAACAUUUAGGGUUAAACUGAGUUUUGUUUUUUGGUUUUUUUUCCUUUGCCUUAUUUAUGUUUAUUGUCUGGUUAAAGACUUCAACUUUACUCUCACCUUCUUUCAUCUUGUUGUAAAACUUCCCAUUUAACGACUAAAGUGCGAUUUUUUUUCUCAAUUUCUUUUCUUAACUUUCAUCACCUACAUAGAGAAAUAAACAAGUGUUUGGUGACCCUUCCCAUUUUUUAAAUGCAUGGAUGGGAGAGAAGCUAUGGCAUUAGCAGCUGGAUCAGCUCAAUAUUACAUACACAGAGCUGGGGCUGUUGGCUCUGCCUCUGCACCACAAACUGGUGCAUUACAUGUUCCAGCUGGGUUUAGGCCCUUGUCAAACCAAACCGUACAAGGUCAACCAAAUGCCGGAUCAACUUUCGGAAUAGAGCCUAGACAUGCCAAUUUUGCUCACGCCAUUAACAUGGGGAUUUCCUCUGGAGUGCCGCCCGGUGAACCCGUCAAGAAGAAACGAGGGAGGCCGAGGAAGUACGCCCCUGAUGGACAGGUUUCCUUGGGGCUCUCCCCGUUGCCCGCUAGGCCUAAGCCUUCUUCGGGUUCGGAUUCCCAGACCCCAAAACGGGCCAGAGGGCGUCCGCCUGGAACUGGCAGGAAGCAGCAAUUAGCAACUCUAGGUGAGUGGAUGAACCGUUCAGCUGGAUUGGCAUUUGCACCUCAUGUGAUUAGCAUCGCAGUUGGAGAAGAUAUUGUAGCAAAAAUACUAUCUUUUUCGCAGCAAAGGCCAAGGGCUGUAUGUAUUUUAUCUGGCACUGGUACUGUUUCAUUAGUGACGCUUCGCCAACCUGCAUCAAAUGUACCUACAGUCACUUAUGAGGGACGUUUUGAGAUAUUAUGCUUGUCAGGUUCUUACUUGCUUGAUGAAGCUGGUGGUCCUCGUAGUCGAACUGGAGGUGUUAGUGCUUCUCUUUCUAGUCCUGAUGGUCACGUAAUUGGUGGUGGGGUUGGGACACUUAUUGCAGCUAGCCUUGUCCAGGUGGUGGUAUGCAGUUUUGUAUACGGGAGUUCUAAGAUUAAGAACAAGCAAGUGGCUAGUUCAAAAGAUGACAGGGAAGCUGCUGUGUCUCAGCUCGUUAAUAAAUCUACCACACCAGCUAGUGCCCCUGCAACCCAAAGUUUCAACGCUGUCACGAUGGGUGGAUGGGCCUGGGUUCUCGGCCGGUUGAUUUGAGAAAUCCUCAUACUGAUAUCGACUUGACGCGCGGAUGAUGAUUUGUUGCAACAUACACAUGGCAAUUUUGUACAUAUGUGUUGUUGUAAAUGUACUGAAUUUAUGAGAAUUAUGAAAAAUGUGGAAGUCUUCUUCCUCUGCUAACAUAGUCUGUAAAACGCAAGUUAUUUUCAGGCCUCAAUGGAAACUUCUUCCGAAUUAUUUAUGCAGCA